GUUCAAACCGUAAUUUAUACGGUCGGCGUGGCGCGCGUUCGCGCUUUUGGCGAUCUUCCCGCUAGAGAGCGCCUCGAUGGACGAAUACCAGACAUUCCAGCGUAAUGUUUAAGUAGUGGGGAAUCGAGGCUGGCUCUCGUGUGUCAAAGAGCCUGUGUUCCCUGUGUGUUCGAUCGCAUACCAUUAGAUUUUCCAUCGUUUUCAAUGAAAAUACAUACCGUGCGUUGGUUCGACGCGCCAGCGGAUAUCGUGCCGGAUGUUUGAUCGUCUGUUAGCUGGCUUGUCAACGCAGAAACAUCGACUUUCACGAAACGGUGAAAAUUGGUGGACCGAGUAUACCUUUGUUCCCGUUUUCGAAGAGGAAGCACGAGGGAAAGAGAUGUCCGCCGUCGAGAGCGCCUUGGAUGUCCUCUCCAGAGCGGCCACCAUGGUGCAAGAAGAGAGGCCGAAGACGACGAAUCUCCACCGGAAGCCGAGCAGCGCGUGGCGCAAGGAGCGCAGAAGGGAUCCAAUCCAGAGUGAAGCGCUGGACAUGACCGCUGCCAGGGUUCAUCAUCACCAUCACAGCAGACCCAGUGUGAUUGUACCUACCACGCCGCAACCUGGAACGACUAUUGAGGACACGGCAGUAACGCCGACCCCGUCACUGACGCCGUCGGCGGCAGCAGGAGGCCAAAGAACCGGGGUCCGAACAGUGGGUGGUGUGAGUGAUCCCGCAAUAGACGAACAUUUCAAGCGAUCUUUAGGCCUAGAGGAGUACGCCGCAGUUUUCAACGCCACUACUACUGACAAAGAAGCAGGCCUCAGUGUGGAUGAUCACUUUGCAAAGGCUCUUGGAGAAACCUGGACGAGGCUGCAGGCAACCAGCAGAAGCAAGGACUCGACCUAACUGCCGGACAGUUAACCAAAAGUCCUCACCAUCGUCGUUGCGGUUGCUUCCGUUUUCUUCGCUGUGACAAUGUGGUCUCGCACACCUCUGUCUAAUCAAUCUAUAAAUUUACGUGAAAUUGCUACCAAUAUUCGUAGAAGGAACAGUGGGAGCAACCAACGAACUUUGUAUUAUUAAUAUUAUUACUAUUACUACUACUACUAUUACUACUAC